GGUUCUUGUCAGCGAAUUUGGUUUUUGAAGGCGGGUGUUUGUUUUUGUGCCGCAACCAAUCGAAGAAGAUGGAAGUCGUUGAGGUCAAAAGUCGGGCCCCAACCAUGACCGAAGAGGAGUUGUGUAUCAUAAGUCAGUUUUACGUCGAGAACUAUAAUGUGUUUCAUGCGGCGUUCGCAGGCUCAAGUCGCCAGCCUGCAGUGAAGGCGAAAAGAGACAAGUUAGAAGAAUUAGCUCGAAUACUGACGAGCGCUGGUUAUCCAAAACGCACCGUCACGCAACUAGAUCAACGAAUGCGCGAUUCAAUGAAAAGAGCCAAAAAGGUGAUUGCACAGGAGAAGCUCGAACACAAUAAAACGGGAGGCGGAGUCCCCAUCAAACUGAAAGCUGCUCCACAUGUCGCAAUUCUAUUGGAUAGAAUAGGGGAAAAACCACGUUUGAAAGGGCUUCCAUGCGCGAUCGAAGUUUCUGGCGACCAUGCUUUAACUCAACCUUCCUCGUCGAAACGACCUGCUCAGACGGAUGACGAAGUUAACCAGCCUGCCCCUCUAUUGAACAAACCUUCAUCAUCAAAGCCACCUCCUCAAUGGGACAACGAGUCGCAAUUAAGCUUGACUGACACGGAAAACGAAGUAUACCCCGCCAACAAAAACACGCUCGAGAAAACCGAGAGAAACGGAGGAAAGAAAGUAAAAACUGAGCCAAUCUUCGAGCAUCCAAAUUUUGACGAUUAUGAACAUUACGAGCCAAUGCCGGUAGAACUGCAUAACGACGCUGAGAAAGAGAAUAGACCACGUGAAAAAAAGAAAUCAGGAAGAGCCAGCGAAUUUGAAUCGGAACGCAUUCAGUUGAGAAUCAGGAACGAACAGCUGACCGGCGACCUCUUGUAUCUACAAAUUGAGAACGCAAAGCUCCAAAAUGAGAAUUUGCGUCUUAAGAAUGAGAAGCUGAAGUUGGAAAUAAGCAACGAGCAGAAGCGAGGCGACUAUCUGGAUCAAGGUGUCAUCAUAACCACUUAAGUAAGCAGCUGUAUUGGAAGUAUUCAAGUUGUAUUGGAAUUUUAUGAGAAUUGAAUCCGUACUUGCACGAGUUUAUUGAAAAUAAUGAAGUCAUUGAAGUUUUUCUAUGUACGAGUAUUUCGCAUGCCUCUGCAAUUUAUUGUGGGUAAUAACACUGAAUAAAAAUGAAGCUGUCAU